AAAAAUUGCCUAACUUGAUAAGAUUAUUCCAGGAAAAUCACCACUUAUGAUAUGAAAGUUAUCAUCAUCUCUUUAGCUGCUUAGGGUUUUGUGUGAGAGCUCUUUCAAGUGAUCUCAACCCUAGAACCAUUAAUUUAACAGAAAAUUGCCCUUUUUUUUCGUUUCAAGACAUCAUUUUCUAGAUCUUAUACCAAGUUUGGUCAUGAAUUUCUUUGGUAGUAGUACUAAACAGGAAGAAGCAUCCUCUUCUUAUCACAACCAACAGCAAAAAAGGCCCAGCAAUACGGAGCUUAUGUUGAUGGAUUUUUCGCCUGCAGAAGAACAUCAUGCCAUGAUUGAGAGGGAACAUAUGUUCGAUAAGGUAGUUACUCCUAGUGACGUUGGCAAGCUCAAUCGUUUAGUCAUACCCAAACAGCACGCGGAGAAGUACUUCCCUCUUGAUUCCUCCAGUAACGAAAAGGGGGGACUCCUAUUGAGUUUCGAAGACAGUAAUGGGAAGCCUUGGAGGUUUAGGUAUUCGUAUUGGAAUAGCAGCCAGAGUUAUGUAAUGACUAAAGGAUGGAGCCGUUUUGUGAAGGAGAAGAAGCUUGAUGCUGGAGAUAUUGUCUCCUUCCAACGUGGAGCUAGUGAAUUGGCUAAGCAUCGUCUCUUCAUCGAUUGGCGCCGCCGUCCUCAUGACAUCAUGAAUAAUCACUUUAUGUUGCCGCAUCAUUUUUCUGAUGGCCGGAUCUUCCCUUUACAGCCUUACCCAACAACAUAUUCUCAUAAUAAUAAUAAUUUGCUGCUGGAAGGAGGUAGCUAUAUGGGUCAGGCUCCGAAUUGUUAUAAUCCUCCACAUAGCUACAUGUAUGGAAUUGGCAACUCCAGUACUAGUCCUAAUUACUACAUGAUGAGCACUAGUAAUAGUACUGUGGUAAAUGCAAACCCUUUCAAUAAUGGGAUAAGAUGGGGAGAUUGUACUAGUCAUGUUGUGGAGCCAAGGGUGUUCGAUUCGGUGCCAGUGGUUCAAGGUAAAGUGGAAGCAAAGCGAUUCAGGCUGUUUGGAGUGAAUAUGGACUGCCCCAUGGAUCACCCUGACAUCUCCUCUAUCCCCAAAACAACAACAACUACUACUUAUUCUCAUUUUAGCAACAAACCAAUGCCCUCUGAAGAAUCAUCUGAAAAAGCCCAAUCUCAUAUCAGGCUGAUGAACGAUAAUGGCCAUGGAAGGAAUUGAUCAAAGUUGAGGUCUUUUUUAAAAUUGAAUUGUGGGAGUAUGUUAUUGUUGUUGGAAAUUAGGUAUUCUUCUAUCAUGUACCUAGUCUAUAUCUUAUUUUAGUUCUUUUCUUCCCCUCUUUCCUAGUACAUGAAUAAUAGAUUAUAGUAAUAUUAAUUUUCUAAUA